UACGCAUACAACAAAGAAUCCCAUUGAACAAGUUGUUGGAUUUAAAGUCAUUCAAGAUAAGUACAUUGAAAUUGAAUUUCGCAAGGAUUUCCAUAGGACUUAUUUUGUUCAUGAUCUUAAUCAAAAUACGACGUGUUUGACCCGUAAGGAUCCAACCGGUUGCAUGGAUGGUGUUACAAAGAUCAUUUUUACACCUUGUGAAAAAGUUCAUUCCAUGACAAUUUUUAUGUUUGAAGUUGGAGUGAAGUGGAUGCGUGGUCCAACUGUGGUAAAAGAUAAAGAUAACACUAAUGAAACUAAUGAAACUGAUGAAACCAAAAAAGUCGAUAAGGAUCUGAUAACCAUUAUUCCACCAUCAAAUAAUACACCCGAGUAUAAUAUUACAUGUUACUUUUUGAAUUUAAAGGGGGUAAUUUCUUUACAAAUGGAAGAAUCCUUUUCGGGUUUAUUGAAAUUAAUUAAUAAAAAAAUGGGUUUGGAAAUAACUUCUAUUAAAUACAAGAAUAUCGAUGGUAAUAUAAUUACGGUUAAAGACGAGGAUGAUUGGGAUGCCGCCAAAUUGAAUUUUAAGUGGCAAGAUUUUUCGAAUUACGAUAUUUACGUGGAUUAA